UACAUCGGACCGAACCAUUUUGUGUUAGCAACAACAUUUUAGCUUCAUAAUGGGCAAAAAACACACACCAGCCGCACAGUUUUAACUUAAAAUAGCCUUAGAAUCAUAUCUUCUGGCAUGUGUGUUCGCCAACUUCACCAUUUUAUCCAUAUUGCAGUGGAUAGUUUUGGAGUUUUCCCGAACCAACACCCCCCUCUCCUCUUUCUUUAAAGUGGUCUGCUCCGUCUUGCUGCCAUGUUGGAUGUACGCAUCGCUGCUGCAGCUGCUGGAGUUUCCGAAUGAAAGUUAAACGUUUAUCCGCGUACAUGCACAUAGUGAGUCCUUAUUUUUUUUAUUUAACGCCAAACCGAGAAGUUACUGUUCUUUCUUAAGCAGGGGUGAGCCUGGAAACCCUCCCCCUCUUCUCCCCCCCGUCCUUCUCCGUCCUCCAGCCUGGAGUCGGACUCAGCGGAGAUGAUCCGGUUGCAGGCCACAGCAACCGGAGCCCGCAUGGAUUUUCUGUAAUUAGUAGUGUUUGCUGAAUCCGUCCGGGAUAACUGCAUCGUUUCGGGGGUUAACUACAAGAAUUCGCAGCCAUGAACAGCCACCCGCCGUCCCGCAGGUCCGCUAACGUCGGCUCCAUCCUCCUGACCCCGCAGGAGAACGAGUGCCUGUUCGGCUACCUGGGAAGGAAAUGCGCCACUCUGUGUUCGGCGGUGGUCCAGGUGUACGGUGCAGACCGGAGCUGCAACUGGGUAAAGAGGUGCUGUGGAGUGGCCUGUCUGGUCAAAGACAACCCACAGAGGUCCUACUUCAUCAGAGUGUUUGACAUCAAGGAAGGGAAAACCAUGUUUGAACAGGAACUGUACCACAACUUCUCCAUCAGCAGCUCCAGAUCCUACUUCAUCUCAUUUGCAGGAGAUACCUGUCAGAUGGGUCUGAACUUUGCCAGUGAAGAAGAGGCCAAAAGAUUCAGAGCCGCAAUCAACGACUUGCUCAACCGACGACAACGCAAAAGCGAGAAGAGAGGUGACCCUAAAAAUGGUCCAGCUCUGCACAUGGCCACAGUGGACAUCAAGAACCCGGAGAUCAACAACGUCCGAUUCCACAACUCCCACAGCCACCAGCAGCCGUACCACCUCAACAACAUGCUGAGCCACAGCGGGCUAACCCGGAAGGACAAGAAGACCAAAGGCAAGAAGAAGAAGCUGACCAAGGCUGACAUCGGCACGCCCAGCAACUUCCAGCACAUCGGUCACGUGGGCUGGGAUCCAAACACAGGUUUUGAUCUCAACAACCUGGACCCUGAACUCAAGAACCUGUUCGACAUGUGCGGCAUCUCUGAGGCUCAGCUGAAGGACCGAGAGACGUCCAAGGUCAUCUACGACUUCAUCGAGAAGAAGGGAGGGGUGGAGGCUGUCAAGAACGAGCUGAGGAGGCAGGCACCCCCCCCACCUCCUUCUCGUGGUGGUCCGCCUCCUCCUCCUCCCCCCCACAGCUCGGCUCCACCCCCUCCUCCUCCCCCGUCCAGAGUGGGCCGGGGAGCCCCUCCACCCCCUCCUCCAUCCAGAGCCCCCGCCUCAGCUCCUCCACCUCCGCCUCCCUCCAGACCAGGAACUCUGGGUGCCCCGCCUCCUCCACCUCCGCCCACCAGGGGAGGUCACCAGCCCCCUCCUCCUCCUCCCCAUCAUCACCACCACCACCAGCCUCCCCCUCCUCCUCCUCCAUCUGCCUUGCACGCCUCCAUCGCACCCCAAGCCCCGCCCCCUCCACCUCCCGCAUUGGCCCAUCAGUCUCCAGUGGGUAACGGGGGUGGCUCAGCCCCUGCUCCACCUCCUCCCCCUCCUCCCCCUCCCGGCCCCCCUCCCCCUCCAGAGCUGGAUGGUGGAGGCGGAGACUCUCCUCAUUCGCCGAGUCCCGGUGGGAAGUCAGCGCUGCUGGAGCAGAUCAGAGGAGGAGCCCAGCUGAAGAAGGUGGAGCAGAACCACCGAGCGCCGACCUCCGGCAUUGGACGCGAUGCCCUGCUGGACCAGAUCCGACAAGGAAUCCAGCUCAAGACCGUGUCAGAUCAUCCGGAGUCCGGUCCUCCAACGCCGGCUCCCACCGCGGGCAUCGUCGGCGCUCUCAUGGAGGUGAUGCAGAAGAGGAGCAAAGCCAUCCAUUCCUCAGACGAAGACGAGGAUGACGACGAAGACGAGGACUUCGAAGACGACGACGAGUGGGACGACUAGUGAAGAUUUCUCUCCUCAACCCCGGUCCCUCCACAUCUACAGCUGACACUAAAAUAUCUUCUAAAAAUCUUCCAGCGUCUGACUAAAAUUGUAAUGUAAAUGUUGUAUGAAUUGGCUGUAUAUUUAUUUUUGCCUAUUUGCUUUUUGUUUUUUUAUGACUAUUAUAAUUAAUCUGUGCAAUACCUCAUCCGUUAAAUCUGUAUCGUUCGUCACACACCCUCAUCGUUAAAGACGCUACACUGUCCCCGGGACAUUCUGUCAUUAGAAAGCACUUAACACCGCCAUCAGCACAAUGUGGAGAUGCAGCCGGCUUCAUGUCAUUAUUAAUAAUCAAUAAUAUAAAACACUAUAGCUGCUCCACUGAGAGGAAUCUGAAUUGCAGUCUUCAUGUGCUCCUUGGGAAAUAUUUUUUUGUGUUCAUUUCUUCGUGUUUUCAUUCCUCUUGAAAGAAACUGAAAAGGGAGACGUACGUGUGACCAAACAGGCAGGAUCCUCUUUGUGUUUGACAGUGGUCUGUUUAAAUGCGAGAUAACACUAUUUUCUUACUGUGCUUCUUUUCGUACCUCCGAGUUUCCUAAUAAAUUGUAGUUUAGUCGUGUUAUUUUUUCAUAAAUACUUUGACCAAAAUGCUGCGGCUCAGUCGCCUCGCGGAUUUUCAACUUUUAUUUUUUAUGAAAUUAAAGCCGUUUAUUUGCACACAGUUUAUAUGAUAGUUCAGUUUUGUGUUUUUCUGGUGUGCGUUUGUCAAAUAAUUUGUAUUUUAUUUCAAGCAGGUUACAGUGACGAUGGACACUUUUAAAAGCUAAAGGUUUCGCAAUAUUGGGACAUUUAAAUGGGAGUACAAACAUGACUGAUGAUGUUUCAGUUAGUGACUUUCUUUGGCUUAAUACGAAAACAUGUCUACACCCGUUAACUCACACUGUGGCAUUUGUGAAAUGAAGAAAGUUUUGUUCUUAAUGUUAAGUUGAUUGUUUUUGUUGUGACAUCAUUCCGUUAUUUCCUGCAGGAGGAAACAUCAACAGCGCUCUGGUCAGUAUUUCAAACAAAUAUCACAUCACACAAAGCAACUAAAAGAUAAAAAAACUCAUUUGUCCUCUUCUGUCCUUCAGUUAACAAACUAUAAUUUUAUGCGAUGCGACUGUAAAUGCCUCCUUAUGGAGAAUAAUAAAAAAAAAAGCAAAUAAAUAAUGAACCAAAUUUGGCAUUAUCAAGCAGCUUGUGGGUUUGGCAAUGCCUGUGAUCCUCCGUCUGAAAACGGUGUAAAGAAAUAACCAACGCUCGUUUUAACUGUUCGUCUUAAGAGUUUUUACCGUCCUCCAGCGAGGCUUAAUGCUGCAUUGAGAAGCCGAGAUACUGACAGAGAACCUGUGAAAAGGGUCGGGAGGGGUGGGGGGCAAUGAAAAUACUAAAUUGUAUACUUAAAUAAAUGUUAAUAUUUACAGAGAAA